AUGAUUAAGGGUGCUCUUGUCACAUGUAAAGGUACUAAAAGAAACGGUAUUUAUGUGACCACUGCUGAAAUUGUUAAAAAUUCAACUUCUUCUAUAAAUUUGACCAACACUGAUGACACACACAAGUGGCACAAUAGAUUAGCUCACAUAAGUAUUAAAGGACUUAAACUGUUAAAUGAUAAAGGUGUAUUUGGAAAAGACUGUGUGUCUAAUAUGCCUUUCUGUAAUCACUGUGUACUUGGUAAACAUCAUAGGUCAUCUUUUUCAUCUGGUAUGCAUAAAACUACUAAAGUCUUGGAAUAUAUUCAUACUGAUUUAUGGGGGCCUGCUACUAAUCCUACAAUGGGUGGGUGUGGGUGUAUCUGUUAA